ACCAAAGACCUCUGCAAGAACUUGGAAGAAAAAGCUGAGCGUCUGAGGCAACUACAAGACCAGGCUGAGAUGGUGAUCUCGGAUUUGGCAAUAUCUCAACGUUUGAGACAAUUCCGUCGACAACUAGUUGGAUUUGCCGACGAGAACACAUUUGAUGGUGCUGCUCAAAAAUUCGAAAGCCUGAUCACAAACGAUCUUCCCACAGCAGAUGAUCCACUUCAAUUCCUCGCUAUCAUUCUAGAGUUGAAGAAAUUAGAAGAAGUAGAAACUAAGGCCUUUGAGGACGUGAACGAGUUGGCCUUCACAGAUCAAGAAAAAGCAGAACGAGAUCGAUUAGCUACCCUCUACGACUUACGACAAGAGGAGCGUAAACGGCUGACUUUGGGUUACAUGUACUCGUACCAUGACUACUUGAAUGCUCUUUUCCGUUACCUGGAAGAAAAAGCUGUACAGCUCAUAAAUAACAGAUCGCUAGAGGAGCUACAAGCAUUCAGUGACGGGGAAUGGAAGCGAUGGAAGGAGGCUGUUGGGGAGCUUGAAAGUGUUCUUGAUGCCUCUAUGCGGGUGCGAUUCCGUCCCGAAUUCGCAGAUUUGCAGAGAAAAGCAUUCUCACUCGACAGCAAAAUCGCUAGAUCGAUCGCUAACUCGGCGAAAUAUCGUCGCCAUGAAGAGAAAUUGGCCAUCAAACUGACACAAUUCGAAGCUUGGCUGAAGGCAAUGGAGGACGACCUGAACAUGGUCGAAUCCAUGCCUGAAAGCGACGAACAGACGGCACGUUUGGCUCAGCUGCUUUCCAACUGUAUGAGUCAUCAGAGGCUGGUCAGCAAGUUGGAGCGGCUAAGUGUUCCAAAUCGUGAUCACAUAGCUCAUUUGUGCCAGAAGUACUAUGAAAUUGUGUCAAGAUUAAAACGCUACAACAUUGAGGAAGGAUCACUGCCUCUACACGUUCGCACUCUCAUUCAAGCUACUCCAUCACAAUCUCAGUUAUCAAUCAGCUCUUUGGCUUCUUCCGAAGUCAUGGAGCGUCCAGAAUCGGUUCAAUCCGCUACCUCAAGUGUUGACAUUGCCGUUGCUGGUGCAGAAAGCGAAACUCCGCUAGAGAAGUCCAUUAAUAAGAUCCGAAGACGUCUUCACCUACUUAUCCAGUCGUAUAACGAAGGACCUAAACCUCUCCCAAUUGCUACUAAUGAUUAUAAUCUUCUUUCGGUUAGCUGA